AUGGCAUUGAAGCGUCCCUUUGCUGUGCUCUUCCUCAGUUGCCUUACAACAAUGGUUAUGUUCUCAUUUACCCGUAUUUUCACCCUUUCUCCCUCGAUAAAUCUGUGGAAAAGUGAACAAAUUAUCUUGAAGCCUUCACCUGUCACAGUUCUCACUACUACUAUACCCAUUACUACCACUACGGAAAAGUGCUUGGAUUAUGAUGACAAGGUAUGGCUUGCAAUCAUUUCCGGGCAGUUACCGGAAUCGAAUCUUCCUCUAAAGUAG